AUGGCUUCAGAGCGAAGCAGCAUUGAUCACCCGAUCGAUGAUAUCGAUAAGGAAGUUGAUGAAGAACUAGCCACAGGGAUAUCAAAGGAAAGUGCUGCCCUUGCCGAGACUGCAGUAAGACGUAACAAGCAUAAGGGCAAGGUGCACAGACAGAAUUCCAAGGACAAUGUGGUGGCCAGCAGUUUUGUCCAGGGCCCCAGGCAAUGGAAGAACAGUCGUAGGUCUAGGAACGGAUAUGGAAGGGGACUGCCCAAAAAAGGUGGAGCUGGAGGUAAAGGUGUUUGGGGAAAACCUGGAUCUGAGCUGCUGGAGACUUACGAGGAUGUUAACGAUCCUAAUUUUGACAAUGAAAAUAUGAGCAAUGGCGAUAUCGAGCUGAAAGUUGUGGUGCCUGAGGUAUCAGAUGAAGAAAUUAAGAAAAAGGUGGAGCCAAUAGUGCUGGAGUACUUCGAAAACGGCGAUACCCAGGAGGCGAUCCUCUCCAUCGAAGAGCAGAUCCCGUGGAACCGCAGGGACGCGUUGGUGGAGCAAGUGAUCGAAAUCGCGUUGGAUCACAAGCCAUCCCAUAGAGAGAUGACAUCGGUCCUCAUCUCUGAUCUCUUCCCGCACGUCAUCUCCGAAGCGGACAUCAGCAAGGCCUUCGAAAGUUUGUUGGCCAACAUCAACGAUCUCAUGUUGGACGUGCCCGACGCUCCCACCGUCAUUGGAAAUUUCAUCGCCAGAGCCAUAGCAGACGACUGCAUCCCGCCGAAGUUCAUCCAUACGAUGAAAGAGAAGAGCGACCAGAAGGACUUCCAGGAAGCGCUGAUCCACGCGGACACUUUGCUGAGCAUGAAGCACGGCCUGGUGCGAUUGCACAACGUUUGGGGCGUAGGCGGGGCCUUAAGGCCGGUGAAAGCGCUCACCAGGCAGAUGUCGCUGCUGUUGCAGGAGUUUUUGUCCUCCAGCGACAUCGAGGAGGCGAGCAGGUGCUUGAGGCUGUUGGAGGUGCCGCAUUUCCAUCACGAGCUGGUGUACGAAGCGAUCGUGAUGGCUCUGGAAGCGAACAGCGCCGUAAAAGAAGAAACGCUCUGCACUCUCCUGAAAGCAUUCUCGGACCAGGUGCUCAUCACGACCGAUCAAAUGGAACGCGGUUUCUUGCGCGUCUUCGACGAUCUCCCGGAUAUUUCGAUGGACGUGCCGUUAGCGUACAUCAUACUCGAUCGGUUCGUGGAUCGCUGUCAUAAGUUGGGCUUCUUGACAGAGACGAUUCUGAAGAAGCUGCCGUCGCGCGGACGCAAACGUUUCGUUUCGGAGGGAGACCAGGACGUGAUCAGGAGAAACAAGAUCGAGCAUUAGAGGGAGAUACGUGGAUGGUAGUUCAGGAAAAAGGAGUGUUUUGAGGGGAAUUUGAGGUGGAUUUUCGAAUGUUGAUGUAAGGCAGUGAAACUUUUGGUUUUCUGAAGUAAAUGUAAAGGGAAUUUCUUGAAAAUUGUGGGAGGUAUUUCCAGCCGCAGAUCCAGCAUCACGCUUUCUCCAUUUUUCUUUUCCUCUAGCCUGAAGCCUUGAGGAGACAACGGCACCGCGCCCCCUUUCUCCGCACCGGAAUAUUUCAAUCAACAAUUCUUUAAAAAUUAUUCGAUACAAUGCGCAACUGAAUCCCACAUUUUCUGUUCAAUCUUGCGGAGCUAGCAAUUUUUUAUAUUCAUUUCCUUUUGACAAGUAUCAAGUAUUUGAUUGCAUAAUUUUAUCAUCAGCUAUCGAAUUUUUUACGUAAAAUUUAAAUUCUUAACUUUUUGUCAAACUUUCUGCGUGAAAGUCACCUCGUUCAUUUUCCCCUAAAAUCGGCUUUUACUGGACCAUGAUUGGCUAAAACUUGUAGUUUUAUGCAUUUUCUUUGUUUUUGUAUAUCGGCUAGCGCUAGAUGCGAUUCAAUUUGAAUUUAAUUUUUUUGUAUAUGUUCAUUGGAAAUAAACACUAUUUCAAGUUAU